UGUUCACCAUCAUGGCGGCGUCAUUACAAAAAUAUGAGCUAGUUUUCGGCGAUUGAGAAACUCCAGCAGCGUAAACAAACACAAAUGAGAACAUGUACAGUGAUAAGAAACCAUCUAUGGAGGACACAUGGAGACCAGCUGAACUGAAAAGACACAUAGGGGGUGAAAGGCCAGGAGGUGAAAAUGUCAGGAGGAGAAACGACAAUGAGAGAAAGCCCCGUGGUGGGGAAUCUGUGGAGAGACGCCGCAGGGACCCAGAGAAGGAGUCCAGACGAGAGAGGGACGAGCAGAAAGAGAGGGGAAGUACAAAAGAGAGAAGACACGAUGAAGGAAAAGAUGUAUAUGCCAAGCCAAAAGAGGACUCACGGGACAGGAGAAGUGAUAAGGUCAGGGAUAGAAGAGACGAGAGGGACAAGGAGAGGAGGAAGGAACGAGACAGGCCAGUAGAUGAUUUGAGAAAGAGGGACAGAGAGGACAAGCAUGAGAGAGAUAGAGACAAGGAAAGGCACAGAGAUAAGGAGAAAGACAGGGUAAGGGACAGAGAGAGACAAGAUGGAGAGGAGAGGGACAAAAGGAAGGAAGAGAGAGACAAGGAAAGAAGGAGGGAGGAGAGAGACAAGGAUCGAAGUAGGGUAGAACAGGAUAGAGAGCACCGGAGCGAAAGGGAGAAAAGGAGACAUGAGGAGAGUGGAGAUGGAGGAAGAGAUCGGGUGGAAAAGUAUGACAGGGAACAGAGAGAGCGGCAUCGGGGGAGAGAGCGACCCAAAGACGAACGUGAAAAAGAAAGACACGGAGACAGGAAGCAUGCAGAACAAAAAGGGGAGAGAGAGCAUAGAGAGGAACAUAAGAGACAUAAAGAGGACAGAGAAAGAAGACACAAAGAGAGAGGACAUGAUGACCAAAGGCAGAAGCAUGACGCUGAAUCCAGACAGCACAGAGACUCAAAAAGGCCAGGUGAAGAGAAAAGGCAUCAUCGUGGAGACAGGGAACAACAACAACAACAAGAACGGGAAAAACAAAAAGAAAGGCGACACAGAGAGGAAGACGAUGUGGAAAAAAAACACAGGGAGCGACGACGCAGGGAGGAGGAGGAGGACGACGACGACGACGAUGCGCGCAGAAUUCACAAAGAAAGAAGCACCUCUAAGAAAGAAACCUCUGAGAAAAGUCAAAGGCAUGACACUAAUACAGAAAAAACAGAGGAUUUUGAGAUUGAUUCUGAGCACCAAACAUCUAUUGUGAAAGAUGUAGGAGACACAGAAGAACCUGAUGUCAAUGAUGAAGAUUUGGCUGACCAGGAGUAUGAAGACGAUUUUGAGAAAGUGGAUUAUGAGGAAGAUUUUGAGGACAUUGAUCCGAGUGAAGGUGAGGACGAGAAAGAGCCGGAGUUUCCACAAGUGGAAGAAGGAGAAGAAAAAGACGAGCUAACGACACAAAAGAGAAAAGAGAUCGAAGCGAUUCAGAGAGCAAUGAACGAAGAGAAUGAGAGAGUUGGAACAGGUCAGUCCGGUCACGGUACGAAGAGAGGAGAGGAAGAUGCUCCUAAAUUGUCUAAAGGGUCUGAAAGGAACCAGAGUCAAGCCUCUCAGCGUGGGAGGUUUAUUGACUUUGUCGCUGCAAAACAACGUGAAGUCAGCAAGAAAGUUGCGACAAAACAGAAAAAACGCAGCACAGAGCUGCUUCGACUGAUUGAUCUGGACUUCUCCAUGACCGCCUCCCUGUUGGAUCUCCCUCCCGUGAACGAAUAUGACAUGUAUAUUAGGACGUUUGGAAACGCAAACACCAAACAGGCCUAUGUGCAGUGUAAUGAGGACAACGCAGAUCGAGACAUUCAGACGGAGGAGAUAGAGGUGUGUGAGAAGUGGACGCAGCAUCCUCCGGAGUAUAGCGGAUCCUGUGGCGAUCCAAACCUUUCUCAGGAAGCAAGGGACAAAAACAUGAAUGAGAUUAACUUUGAUUCCCAGCGUCUGGCAGCGUUUUUGCACUCAGCCUCACAGGUCAUGGUUGUCCUACUAGAAGAGAAUCAAGCUGAGAGGAAAUCCCUGAGGAAGCUGAGGAAUCAAACGGAUGCGCUUUCUUUCAGCGAUGGAAGUGCACAGCUCAACACGCAGUUGUCUUUUCUUUAUGGUCGGCAUAUCAGCCUGGUGCAUUUCUCUCAAGUCCAGAGCCACACCAUGAUGUCCGUCCACACGCCUACAACUACGCCGAGCGCUGUGCGUCUCGACAGCUGCACGAUCAUCUGCAUCUGGAACAUUUGGGAGCCAUCUCGGCCUCAGAGGAUCCUGGUCUAUGAAUCUGAGGUUCAGUGUUGCUGUUUCAGUCCUGGAAAGGCCACAUUGGUCUUUGCAGGUACAUCAGUUGGCUCUGUGGUUUUGUGGGACCUGAGGGAACACGCCGCUAACCACUACUGCCUGAAGAUAGGGCAAGACGAAUGGACCUUCAGACAACCCACCUUCUCCACUGAUGCAGUGAUGGCCAGCUCGGGACAUUUGUCAUCUGUGUCGUCUGUAGAAGUCGUCCCCUCCACUGCAGCGGGGGGGCUGAGGCCAGAGAUCCCACUGUUGGCAUCUGAGGAAGAGUCGUCAGGAUUGUCAUUCCAGUUGGCUUCUCUGGAUGAAACAGGGGUUUUGAAUUUCUGGGUGGUAGUGGAACUCCCAAAAGCGAGUGAGGCAGGAUCAUUAACAGACCUGGGACUCAGGCCUGGGGGCAAAGUAAAGUUGCUUCACAGCUCCACCCUCCACACUGCUGAGAGGGUUUCAUCAAGAGAUGCAGUGAAAAUUGGGGCAUUACAGAGUCUUCAUUUAAAGUUUCUUCCCUCUGACUCCAAUCAUUUUUUUAUCGGCACAAAUAUGGGUCUCGUGCGACAUGGAACAAGUCACAGUUUGAAGGUGCCGCCAAAGUUUUACAGGUUUCAGGAGGCUGGACUCCGACCUGUGGAUGUCAGCUCCAUCCACUUUUCCCCCUUCAGACCAAAUCUGUUUUUGGUGGGUUGUGGGGACGGCUGCAUCAGGCUGCAUGUUGUCAGCCGGGAGCAGCCUGUGGCCGAGUGGAGCCACAGCACAGCGGGUGAACGUGUGGUUUCACUGCAGUGGGCUCAGACCAGGCCGACAGUCUUCUGUGUGCUCGACGCAGGCUCUAACCUCCACAUAUGGGACCUGCUGAAAAACGACACAAAGCCUGUGAUCACCGAGAGGAUUUCUGCAGACAGGGUGACGGCCAUAACUGUGUUCGGAGACUCAGGAAAACAAAACACAUAUUCAGGAAUCGCUCUUGUACACGAGUCGGGAAGUAUAGAGAUGCAUUAUUUCACCAGAGAUUUUACUGUGUCCUCGUGUGUAGAGGAGGAGAAGCUGGAGAGUAUGAUGACGGAAGCUCUCUGAAGACCUGCCUCUCACACUCCUGAACAGCCUAAAGAUCAAAUUAUAUUAUGUUAGUGUCACUUAAGUUUAGGACAUGUCAUGUUGUUACCUUUGAUUUUUCACAUUAGCAUUUAAAUGAAUGUGACUUAACACCAAAGAUCUUCCACAAUGCUUUUAGUGUCCUUCAUGUAAACAUGAUAUGAAGUAUAGAAUGUAAAUCUUGUUGUUGAUGUAAAUAUAAAUACCUUUUGACUAAUAUGAACUAUUUGUAUGGUGGUAACACAUUUUAAUAUUUGUACAAUAAACCGAGAUUAUAUUGUA